GGACAACAAGCUCCAAUGCUUACGUCGCUCUGAUUGGUUCUCGGCGUCACGUGAUUUUCAGUAGUGACCAACAUGGCUGCCCUCGUAAGGCAUGUGUUGCCAAAUAAAAAUUUUUCACCAUUUCUCACUCAAUUUAGAUUUAUCAAUGGCAAAACAGCAUCAGGAAGGGAUGUGCCUAAAAGUAAGAAAAAGCACAAACUUCCUCAUUUAGUAAAACUAAAGAGGAAAGAGAAAAAACCCGACCAUGAACUUGAACUUGUGGAACCUUUUUUCCCAAUCGGUCAGUCAAUUAUGGCCAGAGGAUUCUUACGACCGAAUAAACCAUAUGAACCUCCAGAGAAUGUUGAAGAAUUGUUGAAGAAUGUCAGCAAAAAAGUACUCCUCAGCUCCAACCAUACGGUCCCUCUUGAUGAUCCUGAUAAGAGAUUCAAAUUUUUUUAUGAGUGUGAAAAAACCCUUAACUACAGAAUACCUAACUCGCUCUUACAUACAAUGAGAACACUGAGAGAUGUUUAUGAAUUUUACACGACCCCUGUUGACACUAGAACUCCAUAUGAUGCUUUAAUAUCUCGCGAUGAUCUUCCCCCAAAUCUACAUAUUCAGAAAGAGCCUGUGCGAUAUCAUCCUGAGGAUGACUCUUUCUUCAAAACUACGGUUUUCCCUCAAAGCUCUACCAUUGUCACCAAUAUUAAGGCCAAGAAGAAGUUCAAAGGCUAUGAUGCAGGUCCAAUAACGGAUUACUAAGUCAAAUAAAGUUUUCCACUCCUACUUUAUUGCAUUUUUUACA